GCAGUAGCUGCGCAUGGCAGAGCAGGUGCAGGGAACUCCUCUGUGGUGCGUACCUCCGAUCGCAGCUAUGGAGAAUACAGACAGCUCCUGCCGGGCGCGGUGCGACCCUGGGAAGUACUGGUUUGAACUCGGACCUAUGGAUUUGCUGGAGCGCAAGGGCUCCCUGACCCUCCGCUCCUAUCACAAGAAAUACUCUAGGCCGGUGCUGGUGUACUCCUGGCACCAUGACAGAGAAGCUUUUCCCAAAGAUUAUGAUAUAGAAGGUCCAGAGACUGUUAAAAAACUGUGUAAUUCAACAUAUUGGCGACUUGGAACUGAUGAACCCCCUAUUUGGAUAUCAGAGACACAUGAACAGAUGUCACAAGUUUGUUCAAACAGAGAAUUGGCUGAAAUAAAGAGCAAAUCUUUAUUAAAUGAGGAAACAAUGAGUUCUGGGAUUAUUGACAGGGACACAGGAUUGCCUGCUACAGGCUUUGGAGCCCUCUUUACCAGACAUCCGCCAGAUUGGAACAAAAUGAGUACACUGACAACAUAUUCUGCCGAAUACACUCCACCAUACCAUUUUCAGCCACAUGAUUAUCCCUGUCAAGAUGAUUAUUCAAUAGUCCACAGAAAAUGCCGUUCUCAGUUCACAGAUCUGGAUGGUUCCAAAAGAUUUGGCAUCAACAUUUGGCAUGAUGAAAGUGGGAUUUAUGCUAAUUCAUAUGUGAAGCAAAAACUCUACCCAUUGACUGGGGGUCCUAUCAUUCCCUUUUACAAAUAAUGUAUGAAGCAGAUUCCUUGACUAAUGAAAGAAUAAUGAAUGUAACAGUCAAUGAUUUUCUAUCUUAAUGAAUGCAAUAGAAGUGUUAGUAUCAUAGAUUCCAUUAAGCACAAAAUGAUAUAAUCUAGACCACUGAUCAUAUCCUUUUUUUCACUGGUAUUUUCCAGUGUUUAAUAUGUGUGCUACUGAGGACGUACUAUUGG